GCAGCGCGCCGAAAGCGAGCACCGCGCCCACGAGGCGAAAUAGUGAUGAAGUGGCACACAUGGUAUUUGGCGGAGCUGCUUGUCGCGGUUAGAAUGACCGUACUUACUUAGGGGGGAACGACUGUUUUAGCGCACUUAGCGGGAAACGAGCGCACUUACUUAGCGGGGAAAUUGGUUUUCAUGUGUCAUAGCCGCGCGCGCUCCCGCCCUCGCACAGCUAGUACCUACUCUACUGCAACUUUACUACUGCAGCAUUGCUCAAAUCAUCCAUGUUCCUGUAGAGUGAGGAGGUAGGUGCUACUAUCAUAGCUGGCUGUCACGCUCUCUGAGUCUGCUUGCGCCGGCAUUUCGAGUGGUUUCGCCGUUUCUGAGACAGUUAGUAUAGGCAGGCUUUGGCUGAGGAAGGAGGCUGCCAAGUGCUUCAUCAUCAUUGCUUUGAGAUAGUCAAGAUGUCGGAGACGCAGGCGAGCUUGCUGCUUCGGCGGCAACUGAAAGAGCUGACACGAAAUCCGGUAGAUGGGUUCUCUGCAGGUCUAGUUGAUGACUCGAAUGUAUUCGAAUGGCAGGUCACCAUCAUCGGCCCACCAGAUACGUUCUACGAGGGAGGAUUCUUCAAUGCAAUUAUGGUGUUCCCGACUAACUAUCCCAAUACGCCACCGACAGUGCGCUUCACGUCGGACAUGUGGCACCCGAACGUGUACCCCGAUGGGCGUGUGUGCAUCUCCAUUCUUCACUCUCCGGGUGACGAUCCUAAUGGAUACGAGCUAGCGAGUGAGCGUUGGUCGCCUGUGCACACGGUGGAGACGAUACUUCUGAGCAUCAUAUCAAUGCUCUCGAGCCCGAAUGACGAAUCGCCAGCGAACAUCGAUGCAGCCAAAGAGUGGAGGGAAAAUCGAGAGGACUUCAAAAAGAAGGUGGGUAGGAUCGUGCGGAAGUCUCAAGACGGGUGCUGAAAUGUCUUUUCGAGUCUGGGCAUGCAUUCCGCUUUGUGGGAAAAAUGAAUGGAUGGGCGCUCAAGGAGGAGGGAGAAAAAUGAAUGGAUGGGGGCUCAGGGAGGAGGGAGAAAGGAGUGAGCAAGGGGCCGCAGUUCUGUUGGGAUGGACUGAUUGGAGGACGGACGGGUGGAUGUAGAGAAGGGCGAGAAGAACGGACGACGGCCCUGGAAAACCUAGAGUACUUGACCGAAGGGAGAGAGUGUCAGGGAGCGGAAGUUGAUGAAAAAUCCAUUCUCUUUGUGCCACUGUUAGGGUUCCGAAGAGUGUAGAGAAGGAAGGGAAAGGAGAGGGGGAAGUUCGUUGGAUCGGGUGUGUACAUCCGCGGAAGGAUGGGGGGGAUUUGGUGGAGGGAAGGGGCGGGGGGAGGGGGGUCGUAUGUGUGGUGCCUUAGUUGUAGGUCGUCUUUUCUGUUUGCUUUUCCUUUUUUCUUUCUUUACGCGGGGCAUUAGGAGUGGGGAGGAAAUUUUUGGGGAGUCUGUGUCCGGCGUGGUGACUUGAAUUCCCUCCCUUUCCAUGGGUAGGGUGUCUUAGAUACUCCCCUUUUAGGAGGCGCGAUGAAGAUAGGUUCAGGUCGUGCUGGUGUGUGUCUUUCCUGGAGUGCCUGGGUGGUGAGCGUGUGUAGAAAUACUCGUCUGCGUGUUAGGUAGGUGUAAGGAGCUCUGCUGCUACGGCAGGGGGACGGAAUGGGUAGAGAUGUCUGUGUUGAUUGUUAUGGCUUUUGUUUUCCUGGUGCCUGCAUGUAUUAAUGGGGAACCUGUUUCUGGAAAGUCACUGGCUGAUGCUCUUUGUGGUGGAACACAGGCUAGUGCAAAUUGUGCCGUAAUGCAGGCUUGCCCUUCGGCCAGUGUAAUUCCCGGAUGGGUUCUUUGCUGGAUGAUUGGAGACGACAGUAAUGGAACGUGAUUACUGAACUAUUGCAUGGCCUUCAUUGUCAAAGAAUCAACUGCUUCGUGUGUGCAUUUUGCUCCUCGUCAAUCCCCCUUUGAACUACAUCCCCCUUGAAUCACGUGUCCCUCUCUCUUCCCCCGACCCUCGCCCCCGCGGUUUUCACCCG